CGUACUUGUCGUCUUGUGAUGCAUCGAUCUAAUUUCCUAGGCAAUUGCCCUCCUUGUUUCUGGGACCAUAUGAUAAGCAUAUAUAGUUAUAGUUGUAGUGCUUAUGUUGCUCAACUUCGCUAAGCUGAUCUAAAGCUAAAACACAGAGAAGAUGACCCAAACUCAGUAUUUUAGCAGUGGGUUAGAGUUGGCAAAUUCCGUGGUGAUCCCUGAUAUCCUACAACAAACAUGGACUGCAAUUAGUGAACUAUAUAAAGAAACCAGUCAAAAAGAAGAACCAUCUUCCUCAGUGAAAUUCAAAAUUUAUGAACCACUAAACUAUACAAUCAUAGCUUUUUUCACUUGGCCUGCCAAUAGCAAAGACUGUGUUCAGGGAAAUGAAGGAGGAGAUUUUGUUACAUCAUCAGCUCUCAAGGGGUAUUUUCCUCACUUCAAUUUCCUGUGCCCCAAAGGCAACCAAAAGUUCUCCAUUAACAAACCUGCCUUGGAGCUUUUUACCUCCAUUUUUUAUGUGCUCCCGAAAUCUGUGAUGACCAAUUCCAAACCAUUGAUUAUCACUGGAAACUCUCUGGGAGGAUCUGUUGCCUCUCUCUUCACCUUAUCGCUGCUAGAAAAAUUCAAUUUUUUAACCACCAAACGCCCACUUUGCAUCACUUUUGGUUCACCCCUUAUUGGUGAUGAGGACUUGCAAGAAGCCAUAUCUAAAUAUGCAGCAUGGAACUCUUGCUUUUUGCAUGUAGUUUCUGACCAAGAUCCAGUUCCCAGAGUCUUAAUUUCUCAAACUAGUGUUUACAAGCCUUUUGGAACGUUUCUCUUGUGUUCUAAGCUGGGUUGUUCUUGUUUUGGGGACCCUCGAACCAUUUUGGAGUUGUUGAAGGCAACCUAUUCAGGGAGUCCUGGAAAUCAAGAUCCUAAUAUGGUUUUUAAGUCCUAUGGAACAUUUAUGAAGAAUAUCAACCGAAAGGUAAUUUGUAAGGAUACCACACACUCGUUUGAUUGGACUACACCACCAUUACGGGCAAGCAUUAUUACACAACUAGCAGCAAUCGGACUAGUGCCACAACAGCAGGCCCAUAACAUUGAUAUCAACGCCAUCAUUACAAAGACAGAAAACCAGGAAAAGAAGUUAGCAUUGUUUAAGAAGCAGGUUUUUGAUCCCUCCAUGAAGUUGAAUAAGGUAAAAGUACAUAUGGCCAACCUAGAAUGGUACAAGAAGGUGGCUAAAGACAACAAAAUUGGAUACUAUGACAGCUACAAGAAUGAAAGCCACACAAGUGAUCUUGAUGUGGUAAUCCAUAUGAAAACCCUCACAUGUUACUGGGAAGAACUGGUUAAUGAAGUAGAGAAAAGGCCCCAAACAGUAGGUGCCUCCCUUCGAACCGGUUGGCUCUUUGGGGGAACAAAUUACCGAAGGAUGAUUGAACCAUUGGACAUAGCUGAUUACUACAACAAGGGAAAAACAGACUACAUAAAUCAAGGAAGGCCUAAACAUUACAUAAAAUUGGAGCAAUGGCUGAAUGAAACAGCAAAACCUGUAGGUGUUUCGAAUGAUUCGAUGAAACAGAACGUGGCGUCAAUUCUGACGGAGGAUUCUUGCUUUUGGGCACAUGUUGAGGAGGCUCUCAUUUCAUGCAAAAUGCUGACUGGCACAGGAUCAAGUGAGAUGGAUAAACAAUCAUCAAGGGACAGCCUGUUUAAGUUUGAAAACUAUGCAUAUGGUUUGAUAAAAAAUUAUGUAGUGUCACCUGAGAUUUUCUUGCAGGGAAGCAGCUUCAUGCAAUGGUGGAGAGAGUAUGAAAAAAUUAUGGGAACUUCUUAUAGUUCAGAUCUCGCUAAGCUAAUGAAGGAUUAUAGGAAUUAUGACAAGUAUGCUUCAGGCUCCCUAUAGAUUUCCUAAGAGAUUUCAAUAUCUAUAUCUGCACUUUCCUUCAAACUUGUCUUGGUUUCAAAAGUUCUUCUCCAAUAAAUUAAAUUGUAAAUUGAGGACAUCAUCUUUUCAAUUAUUAUUAUUACUAAUCAUGGAUUUGCACCA